GAAUUUGCCUAUAAAGAUAAUCUUUUUUCUUCAUAAAAAAGCUAGGAGAGGCCAUCCACUUCACUUCCCUAGCUCCAUCAUCGCCACCACGUGAGUCAACGAUCGCUAAUAAUGGCGCGUACGUGGUUCUUCAGUUCAUGAUUAUCGAUCUCACUGGCCUCGAUGAAGAUCACUGUGAAGUGAAAGUUGAUUGCAUAUAAAUGGAAGCAACACUCAGAAGCUGAAGUGGUCCACGUGUCCACAUCAACCACCAAGAUAGAGAGAGAAAGCCCACUACACAUGAUCAAUAAAGCGAAUGCUUCAAUAGUUUUGAUAUCACAAAAGGGUCUUCUUGUUCUUGAUUAAUGAUUUCAUCAUUUUCACAUGGCAACUCACCCAUGGAUCUAUGGCUUCUUUUCUUAUGCUCUGUUACAGUGUUUGUUUGUUCCUGCUCUUGCUUUUUCUACUAGCAAUGUUCACAUUGUGUACAUGGGGGCAAGACAACAUGGUGGACCUGAGUUGGUUUCUGAGCUCCACCAUGAUAUUCUCUCAGAUGUACUUGGAAGCAAACAAGCUGCGAAGGAAUCAAUUCUGUACAGCUACAAGCAUGGAUUUUCAGGGUUUGCUGCAGUCCUAACUCAGUCUCAAGCCAAGCUUAUUGCAGAUUUCCCUGGAGUUGUUAAUGUGGUUCCGAAUAUAAUUUUUUCUCUUCACACGACUAGGAGUUGGGAUUUUCUGCAAGUGAAUCCAUUUGUUAGAGAUGGAAUUUUCACAAAGAGCAGAUCAGGAAGUGGUACCAUUAUUGGUGUCAUGGACACUGGAAUUUGGCCCGAGUCCAAGAGCUUCAUAGAUGACUUUAUGGAAAAGCCUCCAUCCCAUUGGAGAGGAAUUUGUCAAGAAGGACAAAAAUUCAAUCUCUCUCACUGUAACAGGAAAAUAAUAGGUGCUCGCUGGUAUCUUAAAGGAUAUGAAGCUGAAUUUGGCAAGCUAAAUGCAAGUGAUGGGGUUGAAUUUUUGUCUCCUCGAGAUGCUUCUGGCCAUGGUACGCAUACAUCAUCUACUGCAGCUGGCUUUCCAGUUGAGAAUGCAAGUUUUAUGGGACUAGCCCGAGGCUUUGCAAGGGGUGGCGCUCCAUCAGCUUGGCUAGCAAUCUACAAAGUUUGUUGGGCUACUGGUGACUGCAGCUCAGCUGAUCUGCUUGCUGCUUUCGACGACGCGAUCUUUGAUGGCGUAAAUGUGCUCUCUGCAUCUCUUGGUUCUCCUCCUCCUCUUGCUUCUUAUGUAGAUGAUAUUUUGGCCAUUGGUUCUUUCCAUGCCAUGGAUAAAGGGAUCUCUGUGGUUUUCUCUGCUGGAAACUCUGGUCCCUAUCCUCAAACCGUUACAAAUACUGCUCCAUGGAUUUUAACUGUUGCCGCAAGCACGGUUGACAGAUCCUUUCCUACUAUAAUAACUCUGGGAAACAAUCAAACUCUUGCGGGACAGGCCCUAUUUACAAGGAUGGAUCUCAACAAAUUCUAUCCUCUUGUGUAUGGAGAAGACAUUGCCUCUAUUGGUGCAGAUGAAACCAGUGCUGGAAGCUGUGAUUCUGGGACACUUAAUGGUACUUUAGCAAGAGGAAAGGUGGUUCUUUGUUUCCAAUCUCGAUCACAGAGAUCGGAUUUUGUUGCAGCAAGAACAGUGCUUAGUGUUAAAGGUGUUGGUGCCAUUUUUGCUCAGUCUCCCAACAAGGAUGUUUCUUCAUCUUGGAAUCUCCCUUAUGUUCGAGUUGACUUCACAACUGGGACAACUAUACUAACAUACACGGAGACAACAAGGAACCCUGUUGUCAAGGUUUCUCCAACCAAAACAACAUUGGGACAAGAGAUAUCCCCAGAAGUGGCAUUUUUCUCUUCUCGAGGACCCAGUUCAAUCUCUCCUUCUGUUUUGAAGCCUGACAUUACUGCUCCUGGGGUUAAUAUCUUAGCCUCCUGGUCCCCUGCUGCUUCGCCAGUGCGACUUGACACCACCGGUCGAAAACUCCCACUUCAGUUCAAGAUCGAAUCUGGGACUUCCAUGUCCUGCCCACAUGUUACUGCUGUUGUGGCCCUUCUCAAAAGCAUUUAUCCAAAUUGGAGCCCAGCUGCAAUAAAGUCUGCACUAAUCACAACAGCCUCUUUGGAAGAUCAAUAUAGCCAAAGCAUGGUAGCCGAGGGAGCUCCUUACAAACUGGCCGACCCUUUUGACUAUGGAGGCGGUCAUGUCAACCCUAAUAAAGCCAUAUAUCCCGGUCUUAUAUUUGACUUGAGAACCUCAGAUUAUGCCCAUUUCCUUUGCUCAAUGGGCUACAACAACACUGCCAUCAGUCUUGUGGUUGGUUCUUCCAACAAAUGCAGUACUAAAUCAACACAGUUCCUUAAGAAUCUCAAUCUGCCUUCGAUCGCCAUUCCUGACCUCAAGCAGAGCUUGACUGUAACUAGAACAGUUACAAAUGUAGGUCCCAUGAACUCAACUUACAAAGCUCGUGUUCAAACUCCAUUUGGCGUUUCUGUGAGAGUUAAACCACCGGUUUUGGUGUUCAAUUCUACUGUGAAGAAGCAUAAGUUUAAGAUUUCUUUUUGCACCCUGAUAAGGACUCAUGGAAGAUACUCAUUUGGGAACUUAUUCUGGGAAGAUGGUUCACAUGUAGUGAGGAUACCUUUGGUAGUUCAAACUGUCAUUAGUGAUAAUUUUUCAGAGACAUGACUGGCUGUAAUAUUUAAUUAUAAAAUCUUAACAUUGAACAAUAAUAAAAUAUCUUUACCCAAUAAGAUAUUAUUGGGUAAUUUCUGUA